AUGUCUUCACUCUCUUUAUUUUUUGUUCCUAGAAAUAGAAAAAUACAUUUUGAAAUAGAUAUUCUUAUACAAGAAUUAAUAAAUGUACCGUUGGUAGCUGGGUCCUAUUAUAUCAAAUGGAAAUUAAAAAACGGAGAAAGAACGAAUAAUAUGACUGAACGGGCUCCAAUUAAGCAUCGUUCCAUUGCAUGGAACUAUAAAUUACAAAAUUCCGUUCAGAUAAUUAUCGGCAAGGAUGGUGUAUUAAUGCCUUGUGAAUUAAGCAUUAAGGUGAAGCAGGAAUUAAAUGGGAGAAAGGAGGUAAAUAAUAUCGGAAUUUUAUUAUUGAACCUUUCUGAAUACGUCGGAUUGAAUUCUGUGACUCAAAGUCCGCCUAUCAAGAAACCUCAAAUUUUUGGAGGUAUUGCUGGAAUAAUAACAGAACAUACCGAACGCCAGGAUGACAAUAGAUCACUGCGUGGACUAAAGCCAAAUUUCGGACAAAAUUAUAUGGCGCGAUCUCGCUCAAACACAUCUCUCAGGUCAGCAUAUUACUCGCAAGCGAUCCAAACAACACCUACCACUUCAUCAUUGGUCGCGAAUUCUUUCCUUCGUAAAGUUGGAGAUGAAUCAUCUACAGAUGUCGUAGAAGAUAUUUUCAUGGGAACAGCCGUG